CAUUCAAGUCAACUCUUAUUUAUUUGUGGUCUACCUGGAUACUCUAUACCAAGGUGAGUAAGGGUCGUCCUUGAGCCCCUCCUAUUCUUCUACCCCCUUCUACCCACUAUAAAUACCCUAACUCAUAACUAUUACCACUACCUUAGGUAAUUCUUGAGCCUCUUGGGUACCCACGUCUGCUUUUCUCCGCAGUGAUAAAAAACGCUAAAACAGUUCUAUCGUAGCUUCGUCAACUCACCAGAGCAAUUGACGAAAAAAAGAAAGGAGAAGAAAAAAUCUCAAACACAUUUUCUUUUCCAACCACAAAUUCAACCACAUCACCAUGGGCGUCACAAAGACUGUCAUUCAGGAGGGCACCGGGGCUCAACCUGUUCCCGGCCAGACUGUUACUAUCGAAUACACUGGCUGGCUCAAGGACACCUCCAAGCCGAAUAACAAGGGCACCCAAUUCGACUCUUCGGUUGGCCGAGGUGACUUCGUCACCAAGAUUGGCGUUGGUCAGGUCAUCAAGGGUUGGGAUGAGGGUGUUCCCCAGAUGAAGGUCGGCGAAAAAGCAACGCUUGACAUUACCAGUGACUUCGGCUACGGAGCCAGAGGCUUCACCGGUCACAUUCCCCCCAAUGCUGACCUGAUCUUCGAUGUUCAUCUGAAGAAGGUCCAGUAAAUUGCCAUUAGAGAUAGUUCCCUAUUAUGAGAUGGGGAUGGACUUUUAGUUCAUCCAAUCCGGCAAUGGGUACGGCAU